AUGUCGGUUUGUCCCAGGAAAGGCGGUUUGGACGCUGGUCGAGUGUGCAUGGUCGGCGACAACUUGAGUACUGAUAUAGCUUUUGGUAACCGUGCGUCUUUGAACACGUUGUUGGUUGAAACAGGCGGAGGCAUGUCCGGUGGCGCCAACGGCGUGUCCGGUGGCGCCGGUGGCGGGCAGGCGCCGAGUUGUGGAACGGCUGAUCCGCAACGUUUGGAGCAAAUAAAGGAACGUCGGCGUCGGGAGAAAGAAGCCCUGAGGGAGCGCCGACGACUGGAGAGGGAGCAGAGUUACGAGCGUAUGAUGCGGGUGAAGGAAGAAGACGACCAGCGUCGACGGGCGCUGCGGGCAGACAUUGCUCAGCGGAUUCUACAGCUCAAGUCGGAGGAGGAAAGCAUUCGCGAAAAGCUGCGCACGGACAAAGCCGAACUCAAAGAUCGACACCGUCGCGACCGUGAGGCCAGUCAGGAACGGCGCUGCAAACUAGAGGGUGAGCUCUUAGCUGUGGAGGAGCGGUUGAUGCAGGAACGUGAGCGACAGCGUGAGGAAGAGCGUCGCGAGCGGGACCUGCUCAAGUCGAUCAAGAAGCAGGAGAAGAGUGAGGUGAAAGAAUUGGAGCGACGUUUCCGGGAAGAGAGUCUUGCUCGGCGUGCACGGCUACGGAGAGAAAAGGAGGAGCUGGAGGAGCGUCUUCGUCGCGAGAAAGAAGAGUUACAGCUGCGGUUUGAAUAUUUGGAGAAGAAGGCUGAAGAACGCGUGCGCGUCGAAAAAUGCGAGUUGGUCGCCGUCCAGCGACACCGGCGUUCUGAGAGUCAGGAACGGUUCCACCAGUCCAAAAAGGAUGUGGAGGAAAAUAUCCGUGUGCUCGAAGAACAGCUGGUUGAGAUUGAACGACGCAUCCGUAGCGAAGACGAGUGUGUGCGCGAGCGAUUGCGCGAAGAAAAAGAGAAGUUGGAGCAACGCAUCGAGCAGGAACUGCAUGAGUUCCAGCGACGUUCGCGCGAAGAACUUGAAGUCUUGAACGAGAAACGCCGCCGGGCACGCGAAGAAAGCCAGGAACGGCGCAGACGUUUGCGUGAACAAAGUCAAGAACGCAAAGAACGUCUGGAAAUGGAACGCUGUGAAGUGCGCGAGAUCCAUGAAGCUGAGAAGGAAGCGAGUGCGGAGAGUAUGCGUACACUCCAUCUUGAGCGAAUGGAGAGGGAAAGACUCGCUCAAAAGGAGGAAGAGUUGCGCCUUAAGAAAGCUGAAAUCGACGCAACUCUUGAGUGCUUGCGCCAACAACGCGACCAAAGCGUGGAUCGCGCCGGCCGCUUCUCACUCGAGGCGGAGGAACGCCGACGAAGACUGCUCCAAGGGGGUAAGAACCGAUUAGCGCUCGAUCCGCAGGGAUGCUUACACGGUCCUGAGUGUCAAAGACCUGAAUGUCAAAGAGAGGAGUGUCCUAAAACUGUAGUCUUAGAGCGCACACGGCUAGAGCAGACCUUGGCUGAAAUCGAAGCCACAAAAGGCGGUCUGGAAGUAGUCGAGGAAGCUACUGAGUUCAUGACCGAGCUGGUGGAAAACCUUCCAGGAGACAACAUCUCCGGGGACAACUUUCCAACGAACAGGUAUGUUAACGCUCUAUCGCAGAUCCUACGUUUGAGGGUCAGCACAUUAAGUCGAGAGACUAAAGCCAUUCAGGAUGAUCUCACCAUGCUGUCGCAAUAUAUGAUACUUGAAACCGAGACUGCAGAACUAGCAACUGUAGAACUAGCAGCAACUGUAGAACUAGCAGCAGCUGUAGAACUACAGCCCACGGUACCUAAAGUCGGUACGUCCACUCCGCCAGACGCAGUGAAGCCCUGGGGUUUGCCCACCGGCAGUGCUAUAAGCCCCGACAUAGCAACCAGUGAAAUUAAGUUGUAUGCCCCUACCACAAAUCAACCUACUUACAUUAUUCCUUGCAUUGCAGAUGUGCGUAAUUGCUGA